AUGACCGAAUCGUUGCCGGAUAGUGUAGACGUCAUCGUUCUCGGCACAGGACUGACGGAAUCAAUAAUAGCAGCCGCAUGUUCACGUUCUGGUCUCAGCGUUUUGCAUUUAGAUAGAAACAAGUUCUACGGUGGCGACUGGUCUUCAUUUAAUUUAUCAACGAUCAAUGAUUGGGUGGAGCAACAAAAAGCUGCUCCUAAAGGAGAAAUUGACGUUUCCAAGUAUCAGGAUAAGAUUGCGGAGGGGGAAACGCUAGUUCCAUUCGGUAAUCGCAAAACAAUCCGCAAUGUACAACAACAAUGGCUACCGGCUAGCGAUUCGAUGAUGACGGUGGACAAAGGUGAUACUUCCGAGCAAAAAACUGUCAAAGAGGCGAUUGAGGCUGAAUGGAGGCGAUUCAGUAUUGAUCUGGUGCCAAAGGUGCUUCUAGCUCGUGGCUCAAUGGUUCAAACACUUUGCGAUUCUGAAGUGGCAAAGUAUGCCGAAUUCAAAUGUGUUGAUCGAUUCCUAUGUUUACGUGAGGAAAAUACGGAGAAAUUAACGUAUAGCCGUGUGCCGUGCAACAAGGGAGACAUUUUUCAGGAUGAGCAAUUGAACAUGGUGGACAAACGCCGUUUGAUGAAAUUCAUGACAUUCUGUCUGGAAUGGAAUAGUAAAGCGGAUGAAAUGGAAGGCUGGAAAGAAUAUCAAGACGAACCAUUCGAGAAGUUUCUGGAAUCUCAAGAAAUUACGGGAGAACUUCGUAGUUACAUCGUUGAUGCUAUAGGAAUACUACACCCGAAUGCGACCACUAAAGAUGGAUUAACGGCAGUCUGUAAAUUUGUUGAUUCGGUGGGACGUUUCGGCCCAUCACCGUUCCUAACCUCGCUGUACGGUAGCGGCGAGAUACCGCAAUGCUUCUGCAGACUUUGUGCUGUGUUCGGAGGUCUCUACUGCCUUGGGCGACCUGUAGAAGCUUUAAUUCAGAAAGACGGCAAGGUGGUUGGCGUAAUUGCGGACGGCUACCGUAUCAACUGUAAUCAUUUGAUUAUGUCAUCCGAGUACGUGCCGUCGGAUGUUACUUCGAAAGGAGAGGAGAAAUGGAUCGAUAGAGCAGUUUAUAUUACAAACAAAUCGAUAUGGACAGAAGAGAAGGAACAUGUAACACUUGUGAACCUUUUCCAACUAGAUCCGCCUUCCGCUCUGCGUCUCAUUGAAGAAGGUUUUGAGGUUUGCACAGCCCCAAAGGGAUUUUAUCUUCUACAUUUAACUGGCCGAAAGACAGCGGAAGAGUCAUCUAUUCCCAAAAUUUGCCAACGAAUUUUCGGUGAACCGGAUAGUGAUCGGCCAUCACCAUGUUGGAGUAUACAUUUUGAAGUGCUCACAACGGCAGCACUAGAGCUACCUAUGGAAAAUGCAGUUUGUGUGUCAGGUCCCGAUCAUGCCCUGGACUAUGGAAGUUCGAUCGAUGAGGCGCAACGAAUUUUCUCCUCGUUCUGGCCUGAUCGUGAUUUUUUGCCCAGAUCAUUGCCGAAACCAGAGGAGGAAGAGGAAGUCGCCGAGGAGCAGCCAGUGGAACAGGCCGCAUGA